AACUUUAUUGACAACGCGACGGCUGAAGAAGGCUGCCCCGCUAUUGGCUUACGGCGGCCACGCCACCACCACCCCCUGCUGAAGCGGCGGAUGAGGCCAUCGCUCUCUCCUCUUCCUCCUCCUCCUCCAUCCCUCACCUCCUCCUCACCCUUCGUCCUCCCACACGGUCGGAACGGGAACGCAGAGAGAGAGACCGCGUGCGAAGAGCUGAGGCAUCAUGGCCGGGGAGGGACCAGGUCGCGUGCUGUCUGUCCUGCGGGCGUGGCUUCUCAUCGUGGCGCUAAUGGCCCUCGGCAACACGAUUCAGACGUUCCGCAACCACAGCUUCCUCAGCACGCACCUCUACACGGGAAGCCCCAACAUGGUGAACGGAUUGCACGCACGAGCAUACGGGGUGUGGACGAUGCUGUCUUCGAUCGUCCGCCUAGCCUGCGCCAUUGACAUCACCAAUAAAUCGCUUUACCUCGUGUGCUUGAGCACAUUCGUGCUAGCUCUGGGCCACUUCCUGUCAGAAGCAUUUGUGUACAACACAGCGCUGCUCACCGUAGGCUUGGCUGCCCCGCUGAUUGUGGCCGGUUCGUCACUUGUGGCCAUGCUGAUUGGCCUGUUGUAUCUGAAUAAAGGAGGAGAGGUCGCGUCCAAGGAGAGGCGAAAAAAGGCCUUCUGAUGGUGCGGUUCGACUCUGCAGUUGUCGCGUUAACCAGUGAAAAUGCACGCAGCAUAUUGCCGUUCAAGUAUUGAAAGCAUUUUGCUCAUCACUUUGCAAGAGUGUGUGUUACAAGUGACUCAAGUGACGUGUAGACUCAUGUUUUGCAUUAUGCAGCAGUACAAGAUAUUUCAAUAUGCAUGUGACAUUUCAUUGUUUAAGAACUAUUAUAUUUAGGCUACUGAUACAUGCAAUUGUGUGUAUACAUUUUAAAUUAGUUUUUAUCUAUAUGUAGUAAUAUCAAUAUCAAUUGGGAGAGUGUGUACAUUGAUACCACUCUAGAUUCGAAACGCACAACAGCAAAGAAAAAAUCGCUUCUCGAAUCAAAUUGCGUUCCCCUAAAUGUGACCAUUCAUAAUCUACGACCAAAUCACCCUCAACGCUCCCGAUCUUGCCUGAUCUCGGAAGCCAAGCAAGGUUGAUUCUGGUUCGCACUUGAAUGGGAGACUGCCUAGGAAUGCCAGGUAUUGUAGGUGUAGUAUGAAAUGGCUGUAUAUCAAUAGGUACUUGUUAACGUGUUAAACUUUUUGAGUAUCAAGCCCUGUCCUCGUGUAUGUUUUUUCUGGGUACUUCUACAUGCCACCUACAGUAUUAAGGGAUUCGGUCAAACAUUCCGACGCAAUACCCUCUUGAAAUAAAAGGCCUGAGACUACGGGAGGUAAUUCUGGGUAAAAAAAAAGAGAGAAAUGUAUAUAAUCAUGUAAUUGUUGGGAGUGGUGUGUCGAUACUCAUAAUAAAUCUAGUAUUAAAAAGUCCAGGCUGCUUGGGUCCAGAAAUAAGUACAUUAAUUAAUGUACAAUCGUUUGUUAUAUGUGCAUAUUAUUUUUACAUCUGAUUAUUAUGUAUUGCCCUGGAGUAUUUUUGUGCAGCUGUGACUGUAUUCUGGGAAGGCGUCUUUAUUUUUUCUUUUUCGAUGUGACGUGAAACCGGAGUGAGUUAUCUUGUGCACGUUUCAAGUCCCAGCAUGCAUCUCGUGUUGCCGUGUCUGUUGGCUGAGUCACCCUUGAAAAAGAGCGGAAAAUCUCCAUGGGUUAUUACUCGGAUAAUAAAUUUGAUUCUGCAUCUCAAACCUGACCCCACUGGGUCCUCAUCUGAAAUUGUGCUCAACAUUGUUACAUCAAAGUGUUCAUGUGCAACUCCUGUGCUGCUUCCCCCUUCAAGUUUCACAUUCUCUGCAACAACUAUAAUGAUUCGAACUUAUUUAUGUGGACCUCUGCACCUAACCCUUUAAAAUAAAUAUCCUACACUCUUA